ACUUGGAGAAUGUUCAUGGCUUCACCACAAGUUUUUUGUUUUAAUCUUUGAGAUGAAAAAGAGAAAGUCAGAGUACCUGCUGCAUUACAGUCCAUUACUCCUUCCCUGAAUAUAGAUUACUUCAUCACAGACCUCUGAAUACCCGAAAAGAAUCUUAAAAGCAAGUCAUUUUUUUGCAGGGAGUAGUAGAAUUAUGUCUAAUAAGCAGUGGGUCAAAAAUAGUUUCUCAGCUGUUGCUGUCUGAGUAUAGUGUAGCAAAUUAUUUGAAUAUGUACAGCACAAAGCAUCAAAUCUCAGUGACUUCCGGAGGCGUUUGAUUCGUUGCGGAUGACAUCAGCUGUGGAGUGAGUAUGCGAAAAAACCGGGCGCCCUCUCCUCUCCCCGGUUACCGAAUAUGACACAAUGUCUGCUGGUAUAAAAAGCUAGGGCCACUCCUAUCAAGGCUUCACUUGUAUGUCUGGAGACCACUCCGGUGCUCUGACUGCUGCAGCGAAUAAAAGGGAGGAGGCUGCUGCUGUUGCUGGGAUCCUGCGCGUAUACAGGAGACAGAGACAGAGAGAGGAUGGCCACCCUGGUAGAAUCUGCCGAUAUGGAGACUUUAGGCGGUCAAAGCAACACCGGGGCAUCUCCGACAUCCUCUAGCCCCGCACAACACUUCACCGACAGCAAAUUCUACCUGCUGGUGGUUAUCGGGGAGAUCAUAACAGAGGAUCACCUCAAGUGUGCCAUUGCGGACAUAGAAAAAGGGAUCCGAUCAUGGGACACCAACCUGAUUGACUGCAACCUGGACCAGGAACUCAAGCUGUUUGUCUCCAGACACUCAGCUCGUUUCUCUGCAGAUGUCAAAGGGCAGAGAAUUCUUCACCACAAAAGUAAUGUCCUGGAGACGGUGGUACUUAUCAACCCUUCAGAUGAAGCAGUCAGUAUUGAGGCUCGUUUGAUGAUCUCAGACUCUGCAAGACACAAACUUCUGGUCCUCUCAGGCCAAUGCUCUGAAAACACUGGGGAGCUGAUUCUUCAGUCUGGAUCUUUCUCUUUCUCCAACUUCAUAGACAUAUUUGCUGACCAAGAGAUUGGUGAAUUGCUCAGCACCAUUCACCCAGCAAACAAAGCCAACCUUACACUCUCCUGCCCUGAACAAGGUGACUGGAAGAAUACCAACUUGGACAAACACAACCUGCAGGACUUCAUUAACAUGAAAUUGAACUCCCCUUCCAUACUCCCUGAAAUGGAGGGCCUCUCAGAGUUCACAGAGUACUUAUCUGAAUCAGUAGAGAUCCCAUCUCCUUUUGACAUGUUAGAACCACCAACCUCUGGUGGAUUCCUCAAACUCUCCAAACCAUGCUGUUACAUUUUCCCUGGUGGUCGCGGCGACUCCGCUCUCUUUGCUGUCAAUGGCUUCAACAUGCUCAUUAAUGGUGGCUCAGACAGGAAGUCAUGCUUCUGGAAGCUGGUGAGACAUCUGGACCGGGUAGACUCCAUCCUCCUGACCCACAUUGGCGAUGACAACCUACCAGGCAUCAAUAGCAUGCUGCAAAGGAAGAUUGCAGAACUUGAGGAGGAACAGUCACAAGGUUCAACAGCUAACAGUGAUUGGGUGAAGAACAUGAUUUCACCAGAUAUUGGUGUUGUGUUUGUGAAUCUUCCUGAAAACCUGGAUAACUCUGAACCCAAUUACAGAGUGCGGAGGAAUGCUGAGGAGGCAGCAUUCACUCAACAAUUCCUCACCAAGCUAAAUUUGAGGAUAGAGCCUUUGCAAAGGCCUGUUGGAAACGCUAUAGAACCCAUCAUACUUUUCCAGAAAAUGGGCGUGGGGAAGCUUGAGAUGUAUGUGCUUAAUCCAUCAAAGAACAGCAAGGAGAUGCAACACUUUAUGAAGCAGUGGACAGGUAGUGAAAAAGACACCGCUUCUAUUCUGCUGCCAAAUGGAAAAGAGUCUGAAUUCCCCGUCUCUUACUUGACCUCUAUCUCUUCACUCAUUGUGUGGCACCCUGCAAAUCCCUCAGAUAAGGUUGUUCGUGUUCUCUUUCCUGGAAAUGCCACCCAGCAUCACAUCUUUGAAGGUUUAGAAAAGCUAAAGCACUUGGACUUCUUGAAGCAGGCAGUUGUCACUCAAAAAGCAUUGUCCUCUAAUGUGCCAUCAACACCAACUCUAAAGCAAGCUAAGAUGAAACAUAGAACAGACAGCAAAGAGAGCCUAAAGUCCACCCCAAAGCCAUCACCAAGCAAAAGUAUAAGGAAGGAUUUAAAGGAGGAAGCACCAGAAAAGGCAAAAACAGAUGCAGAAUCAUCUCAUGAAAAAACACAAAAGACAGAGAAAAAGGAAAAGACCCCACUGAAAAAGGAAAAAGCAAAGGCACCUGAGAAAGAAUCAAAAGCAAAGGCAGAGCAAACAGCCCAACAUGAAACUCCAGAAAAAAAGAAGUCUGAACUAAAAUCCAAACCUGAAAAGAUUACAAAGAGGGAGACCAAAGUAUCUGUGGAAAAGAAAAAGGAGGUUAAAAAAGAAGUAGCAAAGAAAGAUAUUACACCCAAACAUGAAAUUUUGAAGAAAGAGGAGGCAAAGAAAGUUAUUAAAAGGGAUGUCAAAAAAGAUUCCCCUAUGAAGGAAAAGAAGGAAGAAAAGAAAGAGCAAAAGAAAGAUGUCAAAAGGCCGUCUAAAGACAUAAAAAAGACCACCGUGAGUGAGGAAAAAAGUCCAAAACCAAAGCCCCUGAAGAAAGAUGAUGCCUCAAAGAAGGAAGCAGGAAUCCCAUCAAAGUUAAAAGAGAAAGGAAAGUCAAAGGUGAUAAAGAAGGAGACAAAGGUGGACAGUGCUAAACUUGCAGCUACUGCAGCUGCUGUUGUUGAUGCAGAAGUGGAGAGAUCUCUGAUGUCCUCACCAGAGGACCUCACUAAGGACUUUGAGGAGCUCAAAGCAGAAGAGUUGGUGGAGGAUGAUGCGACUGUACAACAUACUAAGGAAGAAGAGGCUGUGACGAUCCAACAUGAAGAAAUUAUACAAACUAAAGAGUCACCUGAGGCAUUAGAGUCUGUGGAUGAGGGUAUAACCACAACAGAGGCUGAAGGAGACAGUGGAGAGACUCCAGAUGAACAGGUUCCUAAGGGAAAACUCAAUGGCAGUGUAAGUGAGAAGUUUGAAGAUGAGGGCACUGUAAUGGAGGAGACAUCCGAAGGAGGGGAUUAUGAAGAGAAGGGAGAAACAGAAGAAGUUUACGAACCACAGAGAGUGGUAUCAGAUAAAGAAAAGCUUACUCCCAUUGAAGAUAAACACACUGAUGAAGUCAAACCAGCAGAUAGCGCUCAGGAUAAUGAUGUGACUAAAACAAUUCUAGAAGAUCAGCAUAUAAGUGAUAAAGAAACUGAGAAACUGAAUAUCUUUGUAUCAGCCUCACCCAAAGUGUCCUCACCUGUUUCCCCGGCUGCAUCUAUCCAUGAUGAAAUGAUUCCAGUUGGCUUUGGGAGUUCAACAGCCUCAGAUGAAGAGAACAGAGAUGAACUCCAUGAGGAUUACACCAUCACCUCUGCCCACACUCAGUCCACCAUUGAGAUCUCCAGUGUGCCUACUCCUAUGGAUGAAAUGUUAACUCCAAGGGACAUUAUGAGCGACGAAACCAUGAACGAUGAGACUGAAUCUCCUCCACAAGAUGUCAGCAGGUUUGGCACCCCACUACUUGGAGAGUUUGAUAGGAAGAAGCCCUCUCCACUUCAGGAUUUGUCGGGAUCAGAUCACUCUCAAAGUGAUGCCACAGAAGGCCAUGACUACGACCACUCUGCUUCCACAAUAUCUCCCCCUUCAUCACUGGAAGAGGAUAAAUUCUGCAAGGUUUUUCCCUCUGAAGAGAAAGUUGAAGGGUUUGCCAAAGCUCAAGAAACGAUUGAGAAGUAUGAUGCAGACUCAGCUAAACUCAGUUCAACUUCCACAACAUCACCUCUUGUACGUUCUCCCUCAGUGGACUACAAGGACAAGUUUGAUUCUUCAUCAGUGUUUGCUGCUCCAAUAGAACUAUCUACCACUCUGGCAGGGUGUCCCAAAGCAAUAGCUGAGUCCUCCAUCAGCCCAGAUGACAAGACAUGGGAAGGAGCACACUCUCCUCAGUCGUCUGGUCAUACACCUUACUAUCAGUCUCCAGUAGAUGAAAAAGCAGGAGCUCUUCCAACUGUGUCAGAAGACAAGGCACAGGGUCCAAUAAUUGUUGAGGUCACAAGUGAUAAAGAGGACUCCUCCAACAGGGUUACCCCAGAGCCUGGUGAGCCAGAACCAGAGAGAUCCUCCCCUGUAGAGAGAGUAAUGUCCUCUCCAAAAAGUCCCACUCCAACUGAGCCUGAAUCCCCCAUGAAAGAGGAAAAAUUAUCCUUUGAUAUAGAUCACAAGAAAACUGAGGAAAUCAGCCAUUCAGUCUUUUCCUCAACACUAAUGUCCAAACAGGAGUCAGACACCAGUCCUUUCACAGCAUUCAAAGAAGAGAGUAAAAUGUCCAUUUCAGAGGGUACCACAUCAGACAAGUCAGGUACACCUCUGGAGGAAGUGGUAGCAGAGGACACAUUUUCACAUUUAGCUUCAGCGUCCACCGCCUCCCUGGCCACUAGCUCCUUGCCAGAGCCCACCACUGAUUCUCCUUCCCUUCAUGCUGAGGUAGGCUCUCCUCACUCAACAGAGGUAGAUGACUCUCUGUCUGUGUCUGUGGUUCAGACCCCAACCACCUUUCACGAGGCUGAGGGAUCUCCAUCCAAGGAAGAUAGCCCCAGGCCCAUGUCCAUCUCCCCAGACAUCUCACCAAAGACAAAGAGUAGAGCACAGAUGCAGGACACAAAAUCCCCAGAGCACUCUACCAUGUCAAUAGAGUUUGGCCAAGAGUCCCCUGACCACUCCUUAGCCCUUGACUUUAGUAGGCAAUCUCCAGAGCACCCAUCUGUUGGAGGCAGUUCACGUGCUACAGAGAAUGGCCCAACUGAGGUUGACUACAGUCCCUCAGAUGGAACUGAUGGAAAACCAUCUGGAGUGAAAAGUUCUACAGUGGAGAAACCUUUGCUUUUUGAAGACAGCGAUUCUGCCCGUGCCACUUCUGCAACGCCAUCAGAUGCAUCUCAGUCCACUCCCUCUGUUACAACCCCAUGCCAAAUGACAGAAAUGCCACCUGGUGUGGUUGAGCAGACAGAAAGGUCUCCAGUCACCCCAAAAGCAGCCUCUCUCACCCACUCUCCCCAUUCCAGUGAGCCAUCCCCAGUGCUGGGAGGUCCCCCGGAUAAAGACAGCACCAGCCCAAUUUCACCAUCCAUGGAGAGCAUUGCUAAAUCUGACACACAGCAGAAAUAUGACAAGUCACCCUCACCUCCUCAAGCUACUUCCCCAUCACCCCCCUUUUCAUUGUCAAAAGAAGGGACAGUUUCCCCGGCAAAGGAGACUAAUCCCUUUAAAUGUGAGGAUUUUACACUUGAAGCAAAAUCCCCUGUGAGCCCCAAAGUUCCUUCCCCGUCAUAUUUACCUCUCUCCUCUGAUCUGAGUAAGUACAGUUCUGCCUGUGGCUCCAUGGAUCCGGACUCCACAAAGAAGAGCCCCUCUGCUCCAUCUAAGACAGAUGUCGACCUCUGUCUAGUCACUUCAUGUGAGUACCGUCACCCCAAGACAGAACUCUCCCCAUCUUUCAUCAAUCCUAACCCUCUUGAAUAUUUCAUCAAUGAAGGUAAAAUCUUGGAGGAGAAGCCUCUAGCCAAGUCAGGAGGAGGGCCCCCACCCCCAGGGGGCAAGCUUCCCACUAAGCAAUGUGAGGAGACCCCACCCACAUCCAUCAGUGAGUCUGCCCCCUCCCAGACUGAUUCAGAUGUUCCACCAGGGACAGAAGAGUGCCCCUCCAUUACAGCAGAUGCUAACAUUGAUUCUGAGGAUGACUCUGAGACUCUGCCUACUGACAGAACCCUGACCUACAGGCAUGCUGAUCCUCCUCCAGUGGCACUCAGGGACUCUGCUCCAUCUUCAGGCCAGCACGAUGUCUGCAUGGUAGACCCGGAGGCCCUUAAGGCUGAAGAAAACCUUCACAAUGCUAAUACAGAUGGAGGAGAAAAGACCAAGAAGAAAAAGCUCUUGAAAAAGUCCUCCUCACCAGCCAGGAAGACUGGUCUAUCAAAAGUAAAGGACUCAAAGACUGCCUCUCCUAAGAAGAGUGUCGGAGAAGGAAAAGAUGCCAAAAAUGCAACCAAUACCUCUGCAUCCAGAGGUGUGAAAAGUGCCACAUCAGGUACUGGCAGUGGAAAGGUAUCAGGCGGGGCAGCUCUGCCCAACUGUCCUCCCAUGUACAUGGAUUUGGUUUACAUCCCCAAUCACUGCAGUGCCAAGAAUGUGGAUGCUGAGUUCUUUAAGCGUGUGCGGUCUUCUUACUAUGUGGUCAGUGGCAAUGACCAGACAGCUCAGGAGCCCAGUAGGGCUGUCCUUGAUGCUCUGCUGGAAGGAAAGGCCCAGUGGGGAAACAAUAUGCAGGUCACCCUUAUCCCAACCCAUGACACUGAUGUGAUGAGAGAGUGGUACCAGCAGACCCACGACAAGCAGCAGGAGCUGAACAUCAUGGUCCUGGCCAGCAGCAGCACUGUUGUCAUGCAGGAUGAGUCUUUCCCAGCUUGUAAGAUAGAGAUGUAGGCCUAUUCGGCAAGAGAUUGUGGAUCAGGAGGCCUAGUGACUAAUUAUGUGAGGGAUCAUUAUUUGAGGAAUAAAACAAAACAAUGUAGCAUAAAACCUAAGCAGACACUUAAACACUUAUAUGCUAAAAUGAUACUUGUGUACUAAACCCCAAAAGAUAAAUAUCUGCAAUGAGGACUAACACUAUUACAAAUUAGCUUUGAGGAGCUCCAUGCACGGGACAAUGUUUUUUAGAGUAGCCACUGAAUGAAAUAUAUAAAGUAACACAUCCUCAACAUCCUCAAAGUGUUAUCCAAUUUUUAAGUAUAAAUGGAUUGUACUAGAACAAAAAUUAGAGACCAAAAAAAUUAGCCUAGCCAUGAUUGUUCAAUUAUGCUAACUCUAGAACAGCUCAAGUAAUGAUGUUGAUGUAUUGAGGUUUUUUUGUGUCCCCACAUCAAACUAUAAGAGAGCUUUUAACCAAUUUAAGUACUUUCAGGAACAAAAACAUCCCCUCAUGUGGUAUAUUCUUACAUAAUGGCUGUUACGGUAUCCACACCAAAGGAUAAAACAACACAAUUUCUGUUCUUGCCUUAUAGGGAUGUCAAAAUGAAUGUAUAAGAACUGAUGCAACUAGCAGGCAGGUAAAUCAACCCCAAAAGGACUGUUAAAUGGUUACAUAGCUGAAUGAUGGUAAAUAUAAAUUAACUUUAAGGGAUACUCAUCAUUGAUUAGCAUUAAUAUGAUGUCUUCAUAUUCAUCCUGGGCAAAAUAGAGUGCCCCUACCAUUGUAAAACUGUUCCUUAUGGCUGGGUUUUAUUUGAUUUAAAAUGUUUUUUUUCCAUUUGGCCUGGUUUACGUUACUGCUGAUGUAUGAAUAUUUAUUUAUUAUGUUAACUUAUUGUGCUUUUUGUGUGCGGAUAGCCUUUUACACUGUGCAAAAAGACGUUUUUUGUUUUUUCGAAUGCCCUCCCUUGCCUGUGUCUCAUCUGUAAAAUCGUAUCAUUUUCCACAAUGUAAGCUUCUUUUUCUUUUGUUUGACAGUUGAGUUUAACUUCAAAUUGCGUGUUUUAUUUACAGAUUCUAAGUUAUUUCAAAAAGAGACAAUGAAAUCUUAUUUCUUAUACCUCUUUUUAUGUAAUCAUUGAGCUAUGGGGGAGCUAGCCUUUUCCCAUUGUAAAGCUGGUGAAGCAGGAUAUUUUCAUAAAACUUAAAAUGUCUUGUUUUUCUAAAGCAUUGUACUAUAAUUAUAAAUAGCUUUGUGGCCAAUGGAGUGGUUGGAAGACAUGUGCAUGAGUUAUGACACAUUAGGAUUUUCUUUUUUUUUAUUGGGGAUUUUGCUCAGACUUACUUUAAGAACAACAGGGCUAUAUAGGCUAAGUAAAUAAAUGUAAGGAGCAUUUUAUUAUUUUUGCAAGUUGUGCCAUGACAUUGUAUACUACACUAACUCCAGCGGUGCCCAUGCACUGUAUCGAUAUGAAACUUGAUUUUGGGUGCAGUGCAGUGCAGAUUUUCAGGUUGAUGUGAGCAUUUAAGGGAGGCUGAAAUUUUCUUGUGACAUGAGAGUUUUUGCUCUUUAGUCAGGAUGAAAAGGAAACAGCUUCCGGUAGAGGCGUAGUAUUAAGAGGGGCAGCACACAAAGGUGAGAGUGAGUGACUUGUGUGUUUUAGAUGAAAGUAUGUAAAACAAAAACUAGACACUUUAAACAAAAAAAAUGACACAUACCAAACAGUACAGAGGCCACAGACCAACUUUGACAGGCCAACUUCUGGAGGAACAUUUAACAAAUCACAACUCUAUGAUUACAGACUUUGGUAAUUUAGGUUAUUCAAUCGACUCACCAAACUCACCAGACAUGUCUUAAAUGACGUAAGGUGUUCAUGAUACCGCUAUAGACCAGUUUUCCAGCAGGGGAACCUUAAAACAACACCAUGACCAUACUGUCAAUCAACACCAAACCUACAAACUCUGAACUGACAUCUCUCUUGA